GGGUCGGGUGCUGUGCCUCUUCGACGUGGACGGGACCCUGACGCCGGCCCGGCAGAAAAUCGAGCCGGAGGUGGACGCGUUCCUGCGGGAGCUGCGGGAGAGGGUGCACAUCGGCGUGGUGGGAGGCUCCGACUACGCCAAGAUAGCCGAGCAGCUGGGGGACGGGGACGAAGUCAUCGAUAAGUUUGACUACGUCUUCGCAGAGAACGGCACAGUGCAAUACAAGAAUGGGCAGCUGGUCUCCAAGCAGGCCAUUCAGGACCACUUGGGGGAAGAGCUGCUGCAGGAUCUAAUCAACUUCUGUCUCAACUACAUGGCGCUGCUGAAGCUGCCCAAGAAACGAGGAACCUUCAUUGAGUUUCGCAACGGGAUGCUGAACAUCUCCCCCAUCGGACGGAGCUGCACACCAGAGGAGCGAAUCGAGUUCUCCGAGCUGGACAAGAAAGAGCGGAUCCGGGAGAAGUUUGUGGCAGCCUUGCAGAGGGAGUUUGCUGGCAAAGGCCUGCGUUUCUCUCGAGGUGGCAUGAUCAGCUUUGACGUCUUCCCAGAGGGCUGGGACAAGCGCUACUGCCUCAACGUGCUAGACGACGAGAGAUUUGACACCAUCCACUUCUUUGGGAAUGAGACGACCCCUGGAGGGAAUGAUUAUGAAAUCUAUGACGAUCCCCGCACAGUGGGACACAGCGUCCAGUCCCCCCAGGACACAGUCCAGCGAUGCCGCGAAAUCUUCUUUCCAGAGAGAGCAAACGAGUGCUGACUGCCGGGUCCCCGCAGCCCUGCCCCGGCCCCACCCUCUCCCCCUGCCAGGAAAAGCACCUUCAUUUGAGGAAUCUGCUCAGGGUAGACCGAAAAAAACUACUUUCCAGAGCUGGUCAGGAUGUAACACGUGAGUGCGGGUGUGUGUGCAGGAGGGGGCCUUCGCUGAGCAGCCCUUCAGCACUCGCCUUUGAUGGCUGGGGCUCGUGGGACCAGACCCUCCUCACCUCCGGCAAAACUCCUCUCUUGACAGUUUGGGCCGUGGUGGGCGGCGAUGCCGGUGCUUUCAUGGUCGGAAAGCAUUUGAAAGAGCCAGUCACGAGAGCGUGUGUGUGUCCAUCCCAUGCUCCCUCCCCUCUUCUCUGCUUUUUCGCUCUGUUUCUCUUAACACUUCUGCAUGAGGGAACACGCGUCUCACCUUUCUCUCGCCCUUGCGCCUUGGCUGGGGAGGAUGGGGCUGCUGAGGCCCCAGGCACUCUCACCAGAGCUGCUCUGAAGUGAGAGGCCAGGAAGGCUGUUUGCUCCAAACCCGUGGUAGGAAGGGGUAGCUGCGACCCCUGCUCGUUGCAGCAUUGUGCAUCCUAAUGGAGAGGAUCACCAUGUCCUUCACCUCGGUGCCACACCGUGCCGGUCCCUACAGGUGACCUGGAAAUGACAGUUUUAAAAUGACUCUGCUCCUGCUCUGAGCUUUGCUCAGGUGCAUGAAGAAACUAAUUCUCUCUUUAGCUUACAAAACAAAAAAAGGCUGCUGUGGGUUUAUUUUCCAUGUUCUGCAGAAGUUGUCUAGUCAGACCUUGCCUGGCAUAGCUGGAGGACACCGGGUGCCCUGCGUGUGCAAAGCACCCUGCGGAGCUGUUGGGGGCAGAAGGCUUCCCAACAGUCUUCCCACCCGCGUGUCCAUUAGGCAUCACAGAUGUGUCAGUGCAAAACCUUACCCCGGGGCAUUCAUAACAGACCGAGACUCCUUCCUUCCCAGUGCUCAGCUUUCCAUCAUGCUACCAGAGACUUUUCAGAGAGGGCCAACACAGGCCAGACCUGGUUUCUAGUACCAACAAAGGUACACACUCAACAGUGCCCUCCAAGCUUGCUUUUCCACCCCAUCUUGUCCCACAUGCUUGGUUUACGUGGUCACCUUUAGGGACGCAAGUUCUCCAGUGCAGCUGUCACGUGUCCUCCUGUUCCUCUCUUCUCCUGGGUCUUCGUGGGUUGCAAAACCACAUCUCUCCUUUGGUCCUUGACCUCCUCCCUCACGUUGCCCAUUUAUUCCUGGCUGUUAUGCCGGGGUGUGUGACCGCACCAGUGAUGUUAGUCACAACUCGGUGCUCAAGAGGAGCUCAGGGAUCACCUCCAGGGAGAUGUCCUGCUUAUAGCUCCACAGGACACACGUGUCUAGUGUUUGUGGACCUGGAGGGUGCUGGUUGUUCCUGCAAAAGCUCCCCACAUUGCUCCCUCGGAGCCUUUCUCAGCACAUCCCUGCUGGUAUGGCACUGCCCCAUCUCUUGGUCUUGUUUUCUCCCCUCUUUUUCUCCUACUCCUGCUUUCCUCGCUGUUGCUGUUCAUCAUCUAGCAGCUGGACUGCAGAGAGAAGUUUCUCAGCUGGCUACUGCCACUUAACCAAGGGGCCAAGUUCCUCAGGCGAGAUACGUUGGUGCUUUUAGACCCACAUUGCUCCCACAUUGCCACGGGCAGAAUCUGAGUGGACCUUGGCACUGCUGCCUGGCCGCAGGCGCAGGAGCAGGGGUGCUGCGUGACCAGUGCUGGCGGGGUGCUCUCUCCUCCACCUGACUGCACCUCUUAAGUCUACAACACAUCAGGUCCGUAAUGCAUCACAUUUGCAUGAGCGCAGCGGUCUGCCCAGCAUCUGGAAAUCCCCAACAAAUGCACAAAUUCCUCUUUCUACCCAGAGAAAAUGUCUGCGUGGGAGAAGAGGACCUGUUGGGGAAGCCUGGAUGCAGGGUGCCCUUUUCACAGGCCACUGGUUUUGGCCCUCCACUGCAACCUUCAUUGAGGAAUCGUGUGUUUUGUGGAUCCUCCUUCUCUGUUUCACUGUGGAUCAGGUUAUGUGUGGGUUUUGGGGAUUUAUUUUUCCUGUAAGUCUAUUCAAAGUCAGCAGGAUCUCUAGAGAGCUUGGUGGUGGGUGAAGAGCAGGGCCUGGCCCCGAAGGCAUGAGGCACUGUGGUGGCCUUGGGGGCUGAGAUGCCUUGCAUAUUUGAAGGGAAGGGCAGGCUCUGUCCAAGGCUACUACUCCUGAUGGCAGGCAGCACGUCCCUUGCUCAGGGUGGGGGAGUUGCAGGGCAGAGGCAGGGAUGACCUCCGAGGCACCAGCCAUCGCUGUCUCUCCUCAGGAGCUCAUGUGUGCAUGGGUGAGAUCAAGUUCAGGAACGUUCCCCAUUCCUGUCUCUGUCUUACACCAAGCUUGGGCUAGUUGAGGGCACCUCCCGCCAGGAGACCCUGUCCUGCUGGAAGGAUGAUAGGGAGGAUGGCAUCAGAAGUAGCUGGGGCAGCCCCAGCGUCUCAGAGUCACAGAACAGCUGAGGUUGA